CCAAGCAACUCCUACCCACUCCCCAAUCCUCAACUAAGAGACCCUCGUCUGCCCGAUCCUGCCCACUUCAAGCAUUUAUCACCGUUGAGUCGUCCCCGCCCCCUCCACUUGCGUUGUGUUUCUUGGCAGUAGGGCCCACAGUUACGCCUCUUCCAAAGCCCUGGUGCAGCCCCGCGCGGCACCGGGCCGGGACGGGCAGGGCUCAACACGGAAGGUUGAAAAGAGGCGUGACCGUAAAGGGAACGGGCCGAAGAGCGGCUAAGAGUUAUGUUUUUUGUUUUUUUGGCCGCGCCGCGAAGCUUGCGGAAUCUUAGUUCCCAGACCAGGUACUGAUCCCUACCCUCGGCAGUGAAAGCGCGGAGUCCUAACCCCUGGAUCUCCAAGAGACCGAAUUUCUUGCAGAGUUUGGGGACAGCAGCGACCCCCAGCGGGCAGCCGGGCCGCAGAGGACAGACUAUAGGAAAGGAAGGCGGCGGCGCGUCUGGGGGCCUCGGGGUAGGUGAGCUGGAGCCCUCUGCCCAUCACGUGAAGCACAAAAUCCUACUGAAAACAGAUCUAAUUGGGGCUGCCCCAGUCUUCCUGGACCCCCUCCGGUCUUGUCUCACCUGCUUACCUAGCUUGACCAGCCCCACAGUCUUCGGAAUCGGUGCCAUCCCCGUCAACAGUGACCCGAAAGUGAAAGUGGCAUUCGACACCGGCCGAAGGGCAGAGUAGGACAGAGUAGGCAGCCAUCUUUGUUGGGGGCAGAAGCCUCCGCUUACGGAGCGCGAGAGAGUGCAUGACGGUCCCGGCGGCUCCCUGGCCGGAGACGACGGCUCCGGGGAUGGGGCGGAGCCCCGGCUACGGCAGGCGUUGGGCAGUACGGGGAGGUGGGAAUCGUUAGCUUCGUUCCGGACAAGCUGUCCCAUGGCCCAAGCGUCUCGCUCUGGUGGCCUUCUGCCUCCGCUGGCUACCGUGCCGCCGUUACGGGCGCAGGCCGGGGGCGCUGAGGAGGAGCAGUGGCAGAGAAAGCGGGCAGGCGCUCUCCGCCGGGACGUUCGUGGCUGGCUGCGGCUGCCGGUUGCCCGAAGCAUCCCCUGCCUGGACCCACGGCCCGGCGGAGCUCCGAGAGGGCAGCCGUGGUGUGCGGUGCCGGCGGACGCAGGAGAGCACCGUGAGGCUGGCGCUGUGGACUGGGGGCGGGAGCCGGCAGCUGGCGGCCCGACCCCUCCAGCGCUGCAGCGUCUCCGGGCGGUGUUGCUUCGGCUGCACCGCGAGCGGCAGGAGCUCCUCCACGCACAGGACUGCGCCCGCCACCUGCAGGCGACCGUGCGUCUCCUGAGGAUCCUGAGUCCCGGCGCUCCAUCCCCCAGCCACUUGCCUCAGCUGUGCAGCGACCUGUUGGGGCACUCUUCCGGAGGCGCGGUCCUGCGAAACGGCCUUCAGGAGACACCCGAGCCGCUACUCCUGGCACGAUCCGUCGGACUAGCCGCCCAGCGCCUGGAUGCUACUAUCGAGAUGCAGCUUCGGGCUCUGGGCCAGGCGCCCGCCAGCCCGGGCCUAUCGUCCCAAAUCGCCGACCUGCUGCUGGCACUUCCCGCCUACCACCAGCUGCAGGGAAAAGCCUUGAGCUACGUUCCAGGGGCAGCGCGCCCUUAUCCCCCGGCCCGUGUGCUCCGCCUCCUGACGGGGGAGCGGGGUUGCCAGGUGGCAGGUUGGCUGGAUGAGGCGCUCAGGGGAUCUGACUUGAGGGACCAGCUCCGCAGGCGGUGCCAAGAGGAGCGGGAGCUGCUGCCAGGGCUACUGGGCCUGAUGGGGGGCGUGACGGGUUCAGCCAGCAGUGGACUGGGGCUUGGAGGGGCUGGGGCCCUGUGGAGCCAGUACUGGACCAUGCUGUGGGCAGCCUGUGCUCAGAGUCUGGACCUAAGUCUAGGACCCUGGAGGGACCCCAGGGCAGCGGCACAACAACUGAGUCAGGCACUGGGUCAGGCAUCACUGCCUCAGGAGUGUGAGAAGGAGCUGGCUUCUUUGUGUCACAACCUAAUUCAUCAGUCUCUUAUCUGGAGCUGGGAUCAAGGCUUCUGCCAGGCCUUGGCAUCUGCUAGUGGAAAUCAGAGCAGCCUUCCCUCAUCCUCUCAUACCACUGAACUUUUGCAACAGCUCUUCCCUCCUCUCUUGGAUGCCCUUCGAGAACCCAGGUCAGGACUGCUCCUCUGCCGGCCUCCAGGUCCUGCCCCCCUUGCCCUGGGGCUCUGUACCCUGCAGACCAUCUUGCUCUGGUUUUGGGGCAGAACUCAGCAGCAUCUGGCAGCGUGGGCCCCAGGUUCCUUCCUGCUCCUGAUCCAGAAGGAUUUACCUCCUUUAUUAUAUGAGGCAGAAGCUUUGUCUAGCCUGGCCUCAGAGGAAAGCUUGGCCCUGGAGGUGGAGCAGCAGCUGGGCCUGGAGAUCCAGAAGCUGACUGCACAGAUCCAGCUCCUGCCUGAAGAGUCACUAAGUUUCUUUUUUCAAGAAUGUCAUAAACGAGCCACACAGGACUUCGAACUCCACAUGCCACGGGGUCGGUACUGGCGGCAUCGCCUCUGUCCUGAACUUCCCAGCAUUCCUAGUGAGUAUGCUGGGCUGGUGGUCCGCAGGGUACUGGAGCCUGUGUUGCAAGGACUGCAAGGACUGCCACAGCAAGCCCAGGCCCCUGCCCUCAGCCUGGUGCUGACUGCCAUCCUGGGUGCCUGGCUUGACCACAUCCUCACCCACGGGAUCCGGUUCAGCCUGCAGGGGGCGCUGCAGCUCAGACAAGACUUUGGAGUGGUCAGGGAGUUGCUGGAGGAGGAGCAGUGGGGCCUGUCCCCAGAACUUCGCCAGACUCUGUUCACGCUCAGCAUCUUCCAGCGGCUGGAUGGGGCCCUGCUGUGUCUGUUGCAGCAGCCCCUGCCCAAGACUCAAGUCCACAGGGGGCCUCCCUGUUGCUGUGCAUGUAAUGAGGUCCAGACCAUGGAAUUGCCCAGCAGCAGCCUCAACAGCCUGGAGAGCUUGGAGCCCCCUCUUCGACCUGGAGCACUCCCAGCCCAGACAGCUCAGCUGCUAAGCACACUGUGGGGAGAAGGACCUAGUCCUGAGGCUUACCUGGUAGGAAAUCAGCAGGCCUGGCUUGCCCUGAGGCAGCACCAGCAUCCCCGCAGGCACGUACCUUUUCUUUCCUGCCUGAGGACCAGUUCUGAAUCCUAAGGACCCUAAUCAGAGCCCGUUAGAACUCCCUGUCUCUGUCUGAAAAAGCCCAGACAUUUAGAAAUGCAUAUUAAAAAAGCCUAAUUGGGAGCUUGGAAGAAAGCAUACCUGAGAACCACAAGCUACACAGAGCUUGGACUUAGAAACCUGGAGGUCAGCAUCCUUGGGAGGCUUGGGCUUAGUCCCCCAUCAGUGAAGACAUCUCAGAGCUAGACACUAGCAGUAAGGGGCUAGAUGCUGGGAGUAAGGCUUUAGGGUUGGAUCCCAGGGGAAAGGGAAAGAGGAAAAGCAAUAGAAAGCAGGGAGCCUAGAUGCCACUUCCUCUUAACUCCCAGGAGCCAGGCUAAACACUAAAAGUUUGGGACACUACUACAAAGUUAAUUCAUCAGGAACCACAGAGGUGGAAUAGGAAUUUAUACACCUGAAUCAGUCCCACAGUGUAUACUAUAUAAUAGUACCCUGCACUCCCCUCCCCAUCACUAUUUUUAGUCAUUUAAGAAUAUUGGGCUGUAGGACCUUCACGUGUAAGCUUCGCUACUCCAGAGUUCCAUGUGUUUAAUCUUAAACUACCCGAGUGGAGUUUACCCUCUGGUAGGUUUAUAAUCCCUGCCGUGGUGGUGCCCUCUCCUUGGAAGGGACCAGCACUUAAGACGGUAUUAACGUAGAUCUGGCACAGCAGGGUACAGAGGAGUAAAGGCUGCAAAAGACGUGUUAUCGGAGCCAGGUGCAAACGGCUUUUGCACUAUUUAUUGUCUUCACCGUGAUAAAGGGGGCUAUUAAUGACAGGUUGUGUUUACUGACCGUGUACUUUGGGCGCCCCAUACCCUGU